UGGCCAUACCCUCCUCGGCCACCACCCCUAGCUCCUGUGGCAGCUCAUAGAAUUCCAGAGUGGGGAAGCGGAUCCUUUUGCAUAGCGGUUUAUUUUGGUUUCGUGACAAGAGAAACAAUUACCUCAGGCUGAGCAUUAUUUCAAAAGUCUAAAUUCAGAUCACCCGCGAUUGGAAAGUGUCACACUUAAAAUAAGACAUCCCAGGAAGGUACAAGAAGUCUGCCUGAAUCCGAGCGUGCACCAGUGAGUGGGUAACCGGUUGGAAAUCUCUGUGGGCGAGUCUCUUCUUCCCUGGCAGGAGCCUCCCCUCCCCCACCUCCGCUACACCGAGGGCUCACUGGGGAGGGGGCUGGGUGAUCCUCCCCAGCUCCGGGCUGGAGACAGCUCCGGGCUUCCCACCACCACCACCACCACAUCCUCCAUCCACCCACCCACUGCCCGCCCGACCUCCAGCGCGGAGUGAUGGAGACCUCCUGGCUGGAGACCCGCUGGGCGCGGCCCUUGCACCUGGCUUUGGUGUUCUGCCUGGCUCUGGGGCUGAUGCAGGCCAUCAAGCUCUACCGGCGGAGACAGCGACUGCUGCGUGACCUGCACCCCUUCCCGGGGCCGCCCGCCCACUGGCUCCUCGGACACCAGAAGUUUCUUCAGGAUGAUAAGAUGGAGAAGCUUGAUGAGAUUGUUAAAAAGUAUCCUUGUGCCUUCCCCUGCUGGGUAGGGCCCUUCCAGGCAUUUUUCUACAUCUAUGACCCAGACUAUGCAAAGAUAUUUCUGAGCAGAACAGACCCAAAGACUCAAUAUGUGCACCAGUUCAUGACUCCAUGCAUUGGAAGAGGACUCCUGAAUCUAGAUGGACCCAGGUGGUUUCAACACCGCUGCCUCCUAACUCCUGCAUUCCAUCACGAUAUCCUGAAAACCUGUGUGGACAUGAUGAUCCACUCUGUGAACACGAUGCUGGAUAAAUGGGAGAAGAUUUGGAGUGCUCAGGAAACAACCAUGGAGGUUUUUGAACACAUCAACUUGAUGGCCCUGGACAUAAUCAUGAAAUGCGCUUUUGGCCAGGAGACUAACUGCCAGAUAAACAGCACCUAUGAGCCUUAUAUGAAGGCAACCUUUGAACUUGGUGAAAUUAUAUCUUCCCAUUUGUACAAUUUCUGGCAUCAUCAUGACAUAAUUUUCAAAUUCAGCCCUAAGGGCCACUGCUUCCAGGAGUUAGGCAAAGUGAUACAUCAAUGCACAGAAAAGAUAAUCCAAGACAGAAAGAAACUCCUCAAGGAUGGAGUAAAGCAGGAUGACACCCAAAAGUCUCAAGAUCUUCUGGAUAUUGUCCUUUCUGCCCAGGCUGAAGAUGAAAAAGCCUUCUCAGACACUGACCUGCGGUCUGAGGUGAACACCUUCAUGUGGGCAGGACACGAUGCCUCUGCAGCCAGCAUCUCCUGGCUCCUCUACUGCCUGGCUCUGAACCCUGAGCAUCAGGACAGAUGCCGGACAGAGAUCAGAAGCAUCCUGGGAGAUGGGUCUUCCAUCACCUGGGACCAGCUGGAUGAGAUGUCGUACACCACAAUGUGCAUCAAGGAGACUCUCCGCUUGAUUCCUCCCAUCCCAUCCAUCUCCCGAGAGCUCAGCAAGCCCCUUACCCUCCCAGAUGGACACUCACUGCCUGCAGGAAUGACUGUGGUUCUUAGUCUUUGGGGUCUCCACCACAACCCUGCUGUCUGGAAAGACCCAAAGGUCUUUGACCCCUUGAGAUUCACUAAGGAGAAUUCUGAUCAGAGACAUCCCUGUGCCUUCCUACCAUUCUCCAGUGGCCCAAGGAACUGCAUCGGGCAGCAGUUUGCCAUGCUGGAGUUAAAGGUGGCCAUUGCCUUGAUUCUGCUCCGCUUUCAAGUAGCUCCAGACCUCACAAGGCCUCCUGCCUUCUCCAGCCACAUUAUCCUCAGACCCAAGCAUGGAAUCUAUUUGCACCUGAAGAAACUCCCUGAAUGUUAGGGGACAAUGACUAAAUUUCUUUUUGUUUUUGAAUUAAAUUUAGAGCCAAUAGUCCAGGCAAAUGGAGAGGACUCUAAGUCUGAUGGGAGAAUUGAAGGAUCAUGGGAUAGGGUAUCUCUACAGCUGCACAUUACCCAAAGACAUUUGUAGAUAACACAGGUGACCCUGGAUAUGUACGACUUAGAGAGAUUUUCAAAUAGUUUUCUAACAAUUACUUCCAAGUCAAUCACUGGGUGACUUCUAUAUAUUUUCUGCUUUGUAAUAGUUUUCAAAAUUACACAAAUAACAAGAGAAUGGAUGUGUACUGGAUGCAAAAAUUUUCCAGCACUAGGAAGUGUAGAUAAAAAUCCCACCUCACCUGGGCUGUACCCUCUGCCCUGACAGAACCUACUGCUUUCCCUUUAGCAGAGUAAUUAAGUGUGCAUUCUUCCUGACUCUUUCCUGCAUACUCCAUAUAUAACGUCUGUGUGUUUUCUUAGAUAUGGGAUCAUACUUGCACUGUUCUUGCAUUUUUUCACUUAAUAAAAAAAUCUACCCUAAUCAUUA